AUGACAUCGUACUUAGCACCGGAAAGUCCACGGCCUUAUUCCAUCGCUGCUGAACGAUACUUUCAAAGGCUUAACUUUGCUACCGGCCUACCCGUUAGCAACAACGAACGAAUUUAUCCGCUGAGCAAAUGUCGUUUCGGUGCGCAAUAUGAAAAAGAAUUGUGCACAUAUUUAGCCAAACAUGCUGAAGUGAAUUGUAGUGAUCGAGUAUGUCUUGUUGGCGAAGAGUCUGAAUGGGCAACGAUCAUUCAAGAACGACUGUUUCUCAACAAACCAGUUCAAUUUAUCGAUUGUAAAUUACAUCAUGACGCUAUCAAAGAACAACUAGCAUCAAAUAUAUUCGAUCGAAUCAUUCUCUUCAACUGUCUUCAUCAUAUCAACCAUGUGACAAUGAGCGAAAAUAUUCCUAAAUUACACGCGAAUAUCAACAGUCCUUUGAUGCUAUGCAUAAAUCUAUUACGCAAAGCAUUGAUAUCAACUGGUAGACUAGUAAUUGUCCAUCGCGAGCCGAAUAUUAAUACGUUGCCAUUACCUGUCGAAGUAAUUGAAACUUGGUACAAUACGGAUGAACAUAGUUCACGAAUAAUCGAACAGUUACACGGGGAGAAACGGCCGAACUUAGAAUUUUUAUGGGAAGUUGAAACAAUCAAAUUUACAAUGCAAAAAUUAAGUUGGUACAACGAACUGAUGCAUCGGACAUUCUAUCCGUUACCAUUAUGCAAUCAAAAACAAAUUGCUGAUGGUUUACGAUUGUUAAAUGAAACAUAUUUUAAAUAUCAUCAUGGUUUAUUGGAAAUGUACGAUCGUUUAUUGUUUCUAACUGUUCAAACAAAAUUUGAGCCAGUUAAAUCAAGUGUUUCUCUACCGAAAACAAGUCAAUCUCUUCUGAACAGCCGGUUUCGACGAAAACCAGGACCUCUACCGACGGGUUCGCAUGAGAAAUGGGAUUAUAAGAUGUUGGUUACUGAUGAAGUCACACAACUAUUGGAUAUAAAUAAACAACGGCAAAUGGUUCAAGGAGACGAACUGUAUGCAAUGGAAUUCCAUUCACAAUUUAGUACUUUAUCGUUACCAAGAGAUUUACUUUCGAACGGUAUGUUGAUGGUUUAUUCUCAAUCGAUCCGGAUGGUUACAGCAAAUGAACGAGAUGUGUCGAAUAAUCAACGUCAAUUACAGAUAAGUUUUGCUCUGGAUAAGGCUUUUACAGAGAUGUAUUCGAAUAUGUAUCGCCUUGAACUUGCUGUUCAACGUAUACCUGCUCAGAUUAAAACUAUAUUAAAACUACUCAUGUCGGGAUCAGCAAAUAUGAUUCAACGGAUGUUCCCUACGAUCGUGAAUAGUAUUACUCGAAUUGCAAGAGAAAAUGAGAGUUUUUUCCGUAAGAGUGUCAAUCAAUUGGCCGAUAUUUCCAAUCUGUUCGAGAAUAUUCAACCAGUUAUUAAUCCAACUGAUGUAAUUCUCUAUGAUGAAGUCGAGUCAAAAACUAUACUUGCCAAUAUUCGAAGAAAAUUGAGAGAAACAGCUGACCUAAUCGGUAAUCUGGAUAUAAAAGCAAAAUUUAAUCUUACUGUUCCAAUCAAAAUCAACUGUGUUCUUCCAAUUCUAAACCAACUUGAACAUGAUGCUUAUUUUCUCCAUCAAUUAUCAAGUAUUUCCACAUACGUAUUGACCCAUUACAUUCUCAAUCAAACUGCUGGUAUGGGUAAAUAUAUUUUGUUAUCCAACAAUGAAGAGCGUUCUACGAUUUAUUCAAAUUUAACUCAAAAGCUAACAAACACUCGGCAUGAAGUGGAUCAAUUGUUAAACGAACGUCGAAUUGAGUAUAAUCAUGGAUAUAAUUUGCUACAACAAGCAUAUGAGAAACUCUUCGACGAAUAUCCCUCGGAAAAUUGCACAAACUGA